CUGUAAUAAAGGUGGGUGGCUAAAACCUACAUUGUUGUUGUACUGUAUGAUUGAAAUGUUCACCUUCCUGUAAUUGAUUAUAUGCUGACAUUUUAUAAUGCUUCGUAUUGUAUGAAGUCAUUGACAUAAUUUUCUGUCAAAGUUGGGAGGAACCUUCAUAUCCUUCAGUACACUAUUUCUGGUGGGAAGAUUAUUUGUUGCACUCUGCGUGCGCAUUUGUUAUUCAACCGGCUUACAACAGGAGUAGCUAACAUCCUUAUCUUGAAAUUGCCAUAUUAAAGUUUUUUAACUUUCAUAAUGUCGGAUGCCUUGCUUCGAUGGUGUGUGGACCAGUUGCACCACAACUUUGGCUUGGAGGCCUGUGAAGACAUAGUCCGGUAUAUUCUGGACAUCGACAAUGCGGACGAGAUAGCGGAGUAUGUUGGGGACCUCCUUCAGGGCACUGAUGGAAGGAAGAAGCAGUUUAUAGAUGAACUCCUGGACAGAUGGCAGCGGUCUCAGACACUGACUCCUGACAGCACUGGCCUGCUCCCCAUGAACUCUCUGUCAGGAACAGAUGCUCAAGACAUGUCCAAGGACUCCCAGAAGAAAUCCAAGCGCAAAGGCAGGAACAAGCAAGAGGUGAUGACUGUUAGCCAAGCAGAGCCUGAGCCUGAGGUGGUGAAAACUCCCAUUGACCUAAUGAAGGCCCAGGAGAGUGGCAGCUCCUCGUCACAGAAGAAGAAGAAGAAUACAUUUGUGAGCCUCUACAAUAAAGACGGCCAGGACAAGCUGGCUAUCCUGCUGCCRGGGCGCCAUUCCUGCGAAUGUCUGGCCCAGAAGCACAACCUCAUCAACAACUGCAUGAGCUGUGGACGCAUUGUGUGUGAGCAGGAGGGAUCGGGGCCCUGCAUCUUCUGCGGCAGCCUGGUAUGCACCAAAGAGGAGCAAGAGAUUCUGCAACGAGACUCCAACAAAAGUCAGAAACUGCGCAAGAAACUUAUGGGUGAGAKAAGCCACCAAGGGGGCAUCGGAGAGGGCUAUCUUCCACACCAAGAGGCAAAGAUGAAGGCAGGGUUAGAAAAGGCUCAACAUAAAGACAAGCUGCGAUACGAUAAGAACAGUACGCGAAGAACGCAGGUCCUGGAUGACGAGUCAGACUACUUUGCCACCGACUCCAACCAGUGGCUGUCGCCUAGCGAGCGUGAGCACCUGAGGCAGAAGGAUGAGGAGCUACGGGAGCUUCGCCACGCCUCCAGGAAGGACAGGAAGCUCACACUGGACUUCACAGGCCGACAGGUGCUUGACGAGGGAGAGAAUAACAGUCAUUACUACAACAAGUUUGACGAGACGGUCAAGGCCCUSAACACAGGCACCAAGGGGAAAGCUCCCCAACGCCCUGAGGGACCAGCGGGACGGCAGCACCUGAGAGAGCUGGUCAACCCCAACAUCGUACAGGCUGCACCCAAGUGGGUGGACGUGGGUAGUGGCCCUCGGAGAUCUCAGGAUAAAGGGGUUGUUGGUACAGAGGGGGAUGGCGCUGUAGGCCCAGAACGCUCCAGACUCCGGCUGCAGGACAGAGAGCUGCAGGAGAUGGCAGACGGGGGCUGGUGCCUCAGCAUGCACCAACCAUGGGCCUCGCUACUGGUCAAAGGAAUAAAGAGUUUCCUCAGACCUGCGAGGAGUCUGGCUCUCCGUUCGUCUUCGUCUGCACCACCCUCAGGAGCUGCUGGUGAAGUUCCCAUGAAAGGGAAACAUAAGAUCUGGUCAAGGGGCUUCUGCCGCCACUCUCGUUCAGGAAAGGACCUCUUCUCUUGUCCAGCUCGCUGCCUCAGACCUGACAGGGCAGCAGAGCGGUGGAAGGAUUAGCCAGUGUUGACACUUUACUUAAAGGUCUGCUAGUCAACUGCUUAUGAACGGCGUCGU